AAAGAAAAACUGGGGACAGAAAACAGGUCAGAGGUCAUCGUCACAGUCUGAACCAAUUGACUCUGUCUCUGUUACCAGUGAACAAUAUUCAUUUUAACAUCACCUUUAAACCUUGGUCAUUUCAGGAAGCAUUUCUUAGACGAUGUAUCUUUAACUCAAGUGUCCUAAAGUCAAUGAGAAGAGCCAAGUUAAUAAAGUGAUCGGCUCGCAGCUGUUUGCGUGUGUGCACGUUCACAGUGGCAGGGAAACUUUUAGACCUUUGUGAAAAGCUCUGAACAAUUGGCGUUCUGGUUUGGGUUCAUUGGGGCCAUGUGGAAUUAACUGAGGAAACCCCUUUGAAUCUCCACCGAUGAAGCAGGCAAGGACUUCCCUUUUAUGCCAUUAAAUUUGUAUAGAUAACUUGACAAUUACAUUAUGUUUGUUAAAAAUGAUAGGCUACUCUCAGAGAUCAUGGAAAAAAUACUAUAUGGUUAUACAUUUACAGACACUCUGGUGUCUGUAACAAACAAAACAGGUUUGUAUCAGUUCAAUCUGUUCACGCUUCAGACGUAAAGACGCGCUCCUCUCCUAAUCUGCUGACUCAGUGCUCGGUCUGCUGAGUCAGCAGGAGCAAAGCAGCUCACACUUACUGCUGAUCACCUGUGAUUAGUUGUGGUGGACACGCCCUUGACUUCCUGUUUACACUCUGGGAUGUAAACAAACAAGAUUCGAACUAAACAAGUGUCAUCACGUGUUUUUAUUUUUAUGGGUGGUGGGUCGACGCAGGGCAGAAAAUCAAAACGUUGACCCUUGACCUGUAAUAUUUGAUAGACAUUUAACAGAAAGUGCUAUAGGUGUGUGUAAAGAAACAGAGAGAAAGAGGCUUUGUUCUUCCAGUAAUAAGCUGCUUACUGACCAGGCUCUGUGUGCGUGCUGUCUGUAGUAUAUAAGAAGCUCAUCAGUGAGGCCAGGAGUAAGCGGUGCCCUCUGCUGACUCUACAGUGCAGCUUCAGGGAAACACAAUCGUUUGACUUCCAGGAAGGACGAGUUCUUCUGAAGUCGCCAUGUCUCCAAAACAUGUCAUCUUCAAGAAGGUUUCCAAGGACAAGUCGGUGACUGUCUACAUGGGCAGGAGAGACUUUGUGGACCACUGUGAUUUUGUGGAUCCAGUCGAUGGUGUGAUCGUCAUUGAUCCAGUGCAGAUGCAGGGAAAGAAAGUGUACGUGAUGCUGUCGUGCACGUUCCGUUAUGGUCGUCAGGAUAUGGAUGUGUUGGGCGUGGCCUUCAGAAGAGACCUGUUCCUGCAGACCAGGCAGGUUUAUCCCGAGCUUCAGGACAAAGAAAAACUGACUCACACCAAAAUCCAGAAGAAACUGCUGAGGAAGCUCGGAGACAACGCUUACCCAUUCUUCUUUGAGUUUCCAGACAACCUGCCGUGUUCUGUCACUCUUCAGCCAGGACCACAUGAUGUGGGGAAGAAAUGUGCAGUGGAGUUUGAGGUGAAGGCCUUCUGUGGGGAAAACCAAGAUGAGAAGAUAGAAAAACAGAGUUCAGUUCGUCUCAGUAUUCGCAAGAUUCAGUUCAGUCCAGAGGUCAGUGACGUGGUUCCUGUGGCUGAGACAACCUUUGAGUUCCUUAUGUCAGAGAAACCGCUGAAAGUCAUCCUCAGUCUGACUAAAGAGACAUUUUAUCAUGGCGAACCAGUCAGUGUUGGUGUUGACAUCGACAACUCAUCAAGCAGGAACAUCAAGGACAUCAGUGUGUCAGUGGAGCAGGUGACCAACGUUGUCCUUUACUCCAACGACAAAUACGUCAAAUCUGUGGCCAGAGAGGAGAUUGAGGACAGUGUCCCUGCUGGGACUCAGCUGAGGACAGUCUGCACACUGUUUCCUAUCCUGGCUUACAACAAGGACCGCAGAGGACUGGCUCUGGAUGGACAACUGAAACAUGAGGACACCAACCUCGCUUCUUCUAGCAUCGUGAGACAGGAUGUCCUAAAGGAGGUCCUGGGAAUCCUGGUGUCUUAUAAAGUUGUGGUGAGGAUGAUGGCCUGUGGUGACGUGUGUGUGGAGCUUCCUUUCAAACUCAUGAAUCCAAAUCCAGAUCAAUCCAAAGAGAGUGAGACAGAUGACAUGGUCUUUGAGGAGUUCAAACGAGCCUACCUGAAGGGUGUGGUGUACGGCGACGACGACGAGUCUCCCACUGAGGCCUGAAGAGCCGAUCAGACCCUGAUUUACUCCUCCCAGCUUGCACUGACAUCCUCAUACUGGUCCUGACCUUGCAUUGUUGUCCAGAGCGUCAGUAAGGUCCAACGAUCAUGAUGUGUCCUCUAGUGACCCCAUGGUUUGUCCUAACUAUAGUCUGCAGCCAGAGGGACAUGAGACAUAUGGAAAAGGUCUGACAGACUCUCACUCAGGACAGUGGGACAAACAGCUAAUGAGACACCAGAAAAGUCAUUAUGUGGUGUGUCCACCUCAUGUCCAUCCACAUCAUGUCCCCAUUAUCUCCUGGCAUGUCAUUUGUCCACCUCACCUUUGUUGUAUAUUGUCACAGGUCUGCAUGUUGUUAGUAGUGGAGUCAUUAAUGCAACAUGUUUGAAUUACUGUUGUAUCGAUACAAUGACAUUUAAAAAAAUUACAAAUAUGUGUAAAUUAACAGAAACAACCAGCCAAUUGUACCAGGGCGAGUGAAAAAGCUAAAAAAAAAAAAGAGACACAGAUCAGAUCUCUUUUUCCUCAGUUAAUGUCCAAACCUGUUUUCAUCAGAGAUUCCCUUCUUUGAAUUUCCGAAAGGUAACAGCUCCACACUUGACAUGAUGUGAUGAUAAAACUGGUCAAAGCUGUUGGAGGCACAGACCAGAACUGGUUUUAAUCAUUAACAUCAGAACUUUACGACCGUUGACCCUCAAACAAUAUUAAUCAAACGUCCAGUCAUGUCUCAGACCACUGGCAAACUGAGUGUGCUCUUUUUUUUUAACUUUUCUCUAACAAUAAUCAAAUAAAUAAAGUGAAUCAUGCGUCACAUUUAAAUUUUACUUUUAAUUUUUUUAAUAUAUACAAACUCUUGGUCUGACUUUUGUUCAAUCAUGGUGGUAGCCUCCACAGGGCGGCAUUCUUCAGCCUGAAGACAAAUAUUUACCAAUAGGUGUCAGUAUUGUACUGGGUUGUACACAUUGGAUUAAAUAGCAAACACUUAGUAAUCCUGAGUGGCGCUUUGGCCCAGAGGCAAUGUCUCUGUCAUUGGUGUGGAACUCCAGGGUUCACCUCCUGGGCAAGUUCGAAUCGGUUGGUCCCUUCCAGUGGACUCACCACCUGCCGGAAGG